UGAGCGGUAGCUGAGGCCGGAGCUCGCUGCCAGCCUCCAGCUCUUUGCCGCCACCAUCGCUGCCUGCCCCUCUGUCGUGGAUUCUUUUCCCUGCAGUCCAGAAGCGGGGCUGGGCUGGGAGCGGCGCCAGCGUGUGGUUCCCAGCCGAUGGGAAGCCCCUGGACGCGCUGAGGGGCCGGGCUACUAGCGGCUGAGAAAAUGAUGCAUCCUGUUGCCAGCAGUAAUCCAGCUUUUUGUGGGCCUGGCAAGCCUUCCUGCCUCAAUGAAGAUGCUAUGAGAGCUGCUGAUCAAUUUGACAUAUAUUCUGCUCAGCAAAACAAAUACAGCCACACAGUCAGCCACAAACCAAUGGUUUGUCAGAGGCAAGACCCAUUAAAUGAAACACACUUGCAGACUACAAGUGGCAGAGGCAUAGAAAUAAAAGAUGAACUAAAGAAAAAGAAAAAUCUCAACCGAUCUGGUAAGCGUGGCCGGCCUUCGGGAACCACCAAAUCAGCGGGAUACCGGACCAGCACAGGCAGACCCCUGGGAACCACCAAAGCAGCUGGAUUUAAGACAAGUCCAGGCAGACCUUUGGGUACAACUAAAGCCGCAGGAUACAAAGUCAGCCCAGGGAGACCUCCAGGUAGCAUUAAAGCUCUAUCCCGUCUUGCUGAUCUUGGUUAUGGCUGUGGCACUGCUGCUUUUCCUUACCCUAUGAUGCAUGGCCGAGUAGUUCAUGGGGUAGGGGAAACCAGCAGUGAAGUCAAGCCACCCAAUGAGUGAAUGAGUAGGAAAGGAGGGUCUGGUUUAGAAGGAAGAAUGUGAAAAUUCCAAAGCUUCUUGGUUUUAUUUUUACAUAUAUAAUUUUAUGGCCUGGCCUUUCCAAAUUUCUUUUGCCAUUAGAUUUUUUCCUGCUUUUGCUCAGAAGCUGCCAUAUGCUGACAGGUGUACUCAGGGCAUGAGCAGUGGCAUUGUGUCUGAACAUAGGUUCACGUAUGAUACCUGACUGAAUCAUUUUUGCUUUUCCUCUAGAGUUAUGGUCGUGUGUUAUGUUCCAUUACUACUGUUGGGCCAUUCUAAAUAGAUGACUUAUAUACUAAACAAUUGAAACCACAGUAACUGUUAGUUUGUGAAGUACAAUAUAAUAAAGAUACUAUCUGGAAAUAUUUUAAACUGAUGGAACAAAGCAAACUAAUGAUUCAGGAUUACUUGAGGUAAUGACAGUGAGGUUUUGUAACAUUUAUUUUCAUGAGACAGGACACAGAUAUUUGUAUGCGUUGGCAUUUACAAAAGCUUCAGAUAGUAAAAAACUUAUUUGUAAUAUUCUAGUUUUAAGCAGCUUUUUAUUUAUCUACAUGACAUUAAUUGAUUUAACCAUCAAUGUUUGUCUUUCAGCAGUGAUAAGUUAUAUUUUUAAGUUAAGGGUAUGUAUACCAAACACU